AAAUAAUUUCAUGGCAUUCUCGUAAUUUACCUCAAAUCCCAGGUCCUUUUCAUAUUUUCCAUUUUUAAAGACCUAUAUAAAUAGACCAGUUUCGCUCCUUCAACCUCCCCCUUCUACCUUUGCACUUCCAUCCAAUGCGAUCCCUAAUGAGAGAUCUUCAAGAAGCCGCCGGAAAAAACUCGUCGGCGGCGACGGCGAUGAGUCCGCCGGAAAUGGUGACGGUGGACUCGGAUGUGGUGGUGAUCCUUGCGGCGUUGCUUUGUGCUCUCAUCUGCGUCGUCGGGCUCGCUCUCGUUGCUCGAUGUGCCUGGAUACGCCGCUCCUCCGAUCCCUCAGCCGCCGCCACGUCGGCGUCAAACAAGGGUCUCAAGAAGAAGACCCUUCGCGCUCUCCCUAAGCUCUCCUUCGAUCCCGCCGCUGCAGCUCAAGCGAAGCUCGCUGAGUGCCCGAUCUGUUUGGCAGAGUUCGCGGAGGGUGAAGAGAUCCGGAUCUUGCCGCAGUGCGGGCAUGGGUUCCACGUCCGGUGUGUCGAUAAGUGGCUUGGCUCUCACUCGUCUUGCCCCUCCUGCCGGCAAGUGUUGGUCCUCUCCUCCGUAGCUUCGCCGUCACGGUGCCAGCGUUGCGGUGCCUGCUCUGAUGCUUCGGCGGCGGCGUCGGUCGAGUGCGGGGCCAAGGCUCACCAGGACACUAACGCCAAUAGGUUCAUACCCUAACCCUAACCCUAACCCUAACCCUAGCACGCACCACCUUUGUCCUUUUCUUUUUAAAUUUUUUUUUAAGAGACGUGUAUGUAAAUAGGGAUGGCUGAUAGAAAUUAAAAAGGCAAUCAAGGGUCCUGAUGACCACGUGGCUAUUGUUAUCCGAA